AUGUCUACCACUAUCCAAGACCCAGACCAGCUUCCUUGGGACCCUAAUUCCACCCAGUUUCCCUCCCGGAAGAAGCUUCCAACCCUCCCGGGAGCUCCGGAGGAAGCUGCCUGGGUAUGGGGGGAGGAUGAUUCAAUAGGAAGAUUGAAUCUGUUAACACCGUCCAGAGUCAAAGCAGCUGCUGGGGCGAUCAAAACCGGUGAUAUCAUCCGUCUGGAUCUUCCUCUGAAUAUCCCCGAGACUCCAGCUUUCCACCGGGAAAGCUUCCAGCAUAAUAUCAAAGAAGUAGUGGAAGAUCUCGUAUACGACGAUACGUAUGUGCUGAAUACACAGAGUGGAACUCAAUGGGAUGGAUUCCGACAUUUCGCCCAUCUACCAACCAAAACUUUCUACAAUGGGGCCAAAGCAUCCGACAUCAUCGGCCCCAACGCCAACCACCGCUGUAGCAUCCACCACUGGUCCACCCACGGCAUCGCGGGCCGAGGCAUCCUCCUCGAUUACCGCCACUGGGCCCUAGCCAACAACCGCCCCUAUGACCCCUACAAAGCACACGCAAUCUCCAUGACCGAUCUUCACGCCUGCGCCGCGUCCCAAGGCCUCGACAGCCGCCCAGAAUCCCAAGGCGGCGAUAUCAAAAUCGGCGAUAUCCUCAUGGUCCGCUCCGGGUUCGUAGAACGGUACAACGAGCUCACAUCCGAGGAGCGGAAAGCAGGCGCGCAGAGGGAACACGGCAAGCUCGAAUGGGCCGGGCUGAAGCAGGAAGAGGACGUGUUGGAUUGGUUGCAUGAUUGUUACUUUGCGGCUGUGGUGGGGGAUUCGCCCACGUUCGAGUGCUGGCCGCCGCUCAAGGAGAAUGGGUAUAUGCAUCAGAAUAUCCUGGCCUUGUGGGGGAUGCCCAUUGGGGAGAUGUGGGAUUUGGAUAAGUUGGCGCUGAGGUGUCGUGAGUUGGGGAAGUGGACAUUUUUCAUGACGAGUGCGCCGGCUAAUAUUGCUGGUGGUGUGGCUUCUCAUGGAAACGCUACAGCGAUCUUGUGA